AUGUUUACCACGGCGAUCACAGAAGCACCAGAAUUCAUUGCAAAGCUUCAAUCCACUUCUCAAAGAGAUUUCAAGUACUCAGAAGCCUAUAUACCCGCUCUCACCCAGCAAUGCCACGCCUCCAACCUUCUCCUUCUACCAAAUGGCGAUCUGCUCUGUGUCUGGUUCGGGGGAAGUAUUGAAGGCCGACCUGAUAUAUGCAUCUAUAUGUCUCGUAUUCCAUCUGGACAAGAUGCAUGGACAGAUGCCGUCAAAAUGACACACGAUCAUACCCGCAGCGAGCAAAACCCCGUCCUCUUCCGCGUUCCCUCCACGGGUGAAAUCCGAUUACUUUACACAUCGCAAGAUGCGGGAAAUCAGGAUUCCGCAAUUGUGAAGCAAUUGGCAUCAACAGAUAACGGAAUUACUUGGUCCGAUCCAACGAUUUUGUUUGGAGAUGCAGGUACCUUUAUUCGACAGCCUAUUGUUGUUCUGAAGGAUGGUGCUUGGGUGAUCCCCAUUUUCAAAUGCCGCGCAGAGCCCGGUGAACGCUGGCUGGGAAGCGAUGAUAUUUCUUGUAUUCGGAUCUCAAAAGACGAAGGGACUACGUGGACCGAAACGGAGAUACCAAGAAGCUACGGGUGUGUGCAUAUGAAUAUCCAACAGUUGAGGAAUAGAAGUUAUCUCGGGCUAUACCGAAGUCGGUGGGCAGAUAACAUCUACCUAUCGACAUCACCAGACGGGGUUGACUGGAGUGAACCGCAGCCGACAAUCUUGCCAAACCCCAACGCAGGCAUUUGCUUCGAUGUUCUACCCUCAGGUCGUGUUGUACUAAUUUAUAAUCACUCCUCGAAAAAGGAUGCUAUCGGACGCCGGGAUGGCUUAUACGACGAUAUAAGCGAUGGCACAGAUACUCGCGCCAAACAAGCAAACAAGCAUGGAAAAGAAGCCUUCUGGGGUGCUCCGAGAGCCCCAUUGAACGUGGCUUGGAGUGAUGAUAAUGGGAACUCUUGGAAAUGGAAGACCCUUGAAGAAGGAGAUGGCUAUUGCCUGACAAAUAACAGCGAAAAGAAACUCAACCGCGAGCUGUCGUACCCAAGUAUCUUAAUUGAGCGUGAUGGGUCGAUUCAUAUUGCAUUCACAUUCUGGAGGCAGCGAAUCAAGUAUAUUAGACUAGCGGAAGAUUUCUUCUCAUAG